GAGCCAGGCAGAGAGUAGUUUGGAGCCUGCGCGCUUGGGCCAGAGAGUUGUGAGUUCAAGUCCUGCCGCAUAGCAAAGGUCUUCCAGCUCUUCGGACUCGGUUUACUCCAUUUGCAAACUGAAGGUUUAAUGAUGGCCACAUUCUAUGGGUGGAGGACCUCACGUAGGUGACCUCGCAGGCUGACAGGGGAGCGGCCCCCUCCCAGCAGCAUGGAUGCCCCGAGGAGGGACAUGGAGCUACUCAGCAACAGCUUGGCGGCCUUUGCGCACAUCCGAGCUAACCCGGAGAGCUUUGGCCUCUACUUCGUGCUGGGUGUCUGCUUCGGUCUGCUGCUGACCCUAUGCCUGCUGGUCAUCAGCAUCUCCUGCGCGCCUCGCUCGAGGCCCCGGGUCCCUGCUCCCCGCCGGGAUCCUCGCAGCAGCACCCUAGAGCCGGAAGAUGAUGAGGACGACGACGACGAGGAUGAGGACACCAUGACGAGGCUGGGUCCCGAUGACACACUGCCGGGCCAGGAGCUGUCCACAGAGCCCGACGGGCCCCUUGGUGUCAAUGUCUUCACGUCAGCAGAAGAGCUGGAGCGAGCACAGCGGCUGGAGGAGCGUGAGCGGAUCCUGCGGGAGAUCUGGCGUACAGGGCAGCCAGACCUGCUGGGCAGCGGCACGCUGGGGCCGGGAGCCACAGCCACGCUAGGCAGAAUGCACUAUUACUGACACCCGAGCCCCGCAGCAUGGGGCCCAGACUACUGGACAUGGGGCUGAACUCGGUGCUGCCUCAGGGCCUUUAAACUGCCUCUGCCCCAACUCUCUUGGUGCUAUUGGGAGUGGAUCGGCUCAGCACUCUUCACAGGGCAGGUGUGGGUGGGAAAAGAACGCCAGGUCCCACCUUCUCCCCCUGGUAAUAUGAAUGACCAAUGAAAGCUAGUCCGUGACUCAGUCUCUCCCUUGGCUAACACUGCUUUCAGCAGGCCCCUAGGGUCCAGCCUUGGGUGGAGUUUCAGAGCUGUGGGCGGUACCCCUUUUGCU